AUGGUAAGUGAACUGGAGGCACUGUCUGUGCCGUGCUUGGAGAAGGCGCCGAAAACGUACGACGAUGCAGGGCUCGAAGAUCCGGUCGGACCGGCCAGCAUCAAGCAGACGCUCGAGUCGAUCCGCGAGGAUGCGUUGGUGAGGCAGCAGAACGUGGCGCAGUUGCGCGACUGGAUAGCGAAGCAUCCACACAUCCACCGGUGUCGCACCGACGCCCUGUUUCUGCUGCGCUUUCUGCGCUCGAAGAAGUUCUCCUUCCUCGUGGCAUCGCAGACGAUCGAGCGCUAUCUGGCCGCGAGGGUGCUGCAUCCGAGCUGGUUCCAGCAGCUGGACGUGCGGGAUCCGGAGCUGUCGCAUCUGCUCGACAUCGGGUUUGUGAUCCCGCUCAAGGAGCGGACUGCCGACGGGUGCCUGGUGGUGCUGUGCGACUGGGGUCUGCUUGAUCCGAAGGUCCACACGCUUGACCAUAGCAACCGGAUGCACAUACUGCUGGGUGAGGCGUACGGUGAGGAUCCGGUCGCCCAGUGCUCCGGGGUAAUUGCCAUCUUCAACCUGGAGCACGUGUCCCUCGCUCACCACGGGCUGAUCUCGUUGAGUAGCUUGCGGCUUGUCACCCGCUACUUGAACAACGCAUUUCCGGUACGCUGUCAGAGAAUCUACGCCGUCAACGUCCCAUCGGCGGCCAUGUGGAUCGUGAACGGGUUCGUUGGGUUUUUGCACGAGAAAAUACAAUCCCGUUUCAAGAUGGUCCGAAAUUUUGACGAACUGAAGGAGCAGUUUGACGCCAACCUGCUCCCGCUCGAGUACGGUGGCAAGCUGCCGAAGAGUGAACAUAUCCAAGCGUUCCGGGAGCAGUGCGAACGGUACCGGAACCGAAUGCUGGCACUGGACGAGAUGAGCAUCGAUUUGGACCACAGCGAGUCGUACUCGCGGAACGCAAUGCUCGACGAUAUCGAAGGAGGUGCCGUGGGCAGUUUCCGCAAAUUGGAACUGGACUAA